AUGAUUACGAAGGGAGGAUGGUGGUGGGACAAGGUGAGGAGGGUGGUGAGGACAGUGUAUUUCGUGGUGGCGCUGGUGGCGUCGUUGGUGGUGAUGUCUUUGCCUGUCAUGGUGGCUAUAAGCGACGUGGUGGUGAUGUGUUUAUUGAUUUUGAGCUUCACUUGCUUUAAUUGCUACAGUUUUCGAGAGCAUUUGCAGAGAUACGGUUUCAAGAGUUCGUUGACGGAUAUUCCUCUCGUCUCCACUAUCAGAUCUCUCAUAAUCACCUAUUUGUAUGCAAUGUGCGAUAGUCCAAUGCUCUCACAUGGGUCAUAUUUAGGAAUUGUAACAUUCUGUUCCAUCAAUUCCAUAAUUUUUCUGUCCAUAAAGGCUUGUCUUUUCACCGUCAAUUUUGAGGAUGAAGCUUCAACCUCUCUUUCAAAGCAGAGGCUCCAUUUGAAGAAGUCUUGGGGGAUGCCUGUCUUGUUUCUCUCUUCUGUAGUUUUUGCUCUUGGGCAUAUUGUUGUAGCUUAUCGAACAAGCUGCACAGCAAAGAGGAAGCUCCUGUUUCGUGGCGUUGACCCAGAAGCUGUUCAUUCUUGCAAAAUUGCGUUCUCUGGUUGUCAGAAGGUUCCACGGUCUCCCACUCCAUCUGCUGGGAAGACUUUCAGAAGUGACUCUGAGAUGAGGAGAAAAGCACCAGGAUUGUCUCGUUAUGAAGGGGAACUUCCAGUUCGAUUACUUGCUGAUAUAGAUAGCUUAUUCAUCACUUGCCAAGGACUAACUAUCCACUACAAGUUAUGCAUGCCUGGUCCGGCUCACCAUUCCCUAUCAUCUGUUACUUUUCCUGACCACCCAUUGAUAAGUGUUCCAUCAAAAACACAUUAUCAUCUUUACAGGAGCAACAGCGAUGAAUCCCUUAGCAACUCCUCUCUCUAUGCUCCUCUACUAGAUGGUUCUUCAGUGUCCCCGGUGUCUGAAGGUGUGCCUAUGUUGAGGCUUGAUGAAACUGGCAAAAAUGAACACAGAAAGUUGGAGUCUUUAACUUUAGAAACAGAUCUGGAAGCAAAUGAACAGUUUGGAAUUGUGUUAGUGCAUGGGUUUGGAGGGGGAGUUUUCUCGUGGAGAAACGUGAUGGGUGUUCUGGCUCAGCAGGUUGGUUGUGUGGUUGCUGCUUUCGACAGGCCUGGUUGGGGUUUGACAUCAAGGCCAUGCAGGAAGAAUUGGGAGGAUAAUCAAGUGCCUAAUCCUUACGAACUUGAUAAUCAGGUUGACCUGCUUCUUUCUUUUUGCUCAUCAAUGGGGUUUUCGUCAGUUGUACUUGUUGGCCAUGAUGAUGGAGGAUUGCUUGCACUGAAGGCUGCACAGGAAAUCCAGUCAUCUGCAAAUACCAAGAAUAUUAAAAUAAGGGGAGUUGUAUUGCUUAGUGUUAGCUUGUCAAGAGAACUGGUUCCUGCCUUCGCAAGAAUACUAUUACGCACUUCACUUGGAAAGAAGAACUUGGUCCGACCUCUACUUCGGACAGAAAUCACUCAAAUGGUGAAUCGAUGUGCAUGGUUUGAUGCUACUAAGCUAACAACUGAAGUCUUAAACCUCUACAAGGCCCCAUUAAAUGUAGAAGGUUGGGAUGAAGCACUUCAUGAAAUAGGGAAACUGUCAUACGAGACCGUCCUCAUGCCGGAAAAUGCAGAAUUGUUGCUGAAAGCGGUUGAAAAGUUGCCAGUUUUGGUUAUUGCAGGGGCUGAAGAUGUCGUUGUCCCUCUAAAAUCUGUUCAAUCUAUGGCUUCCAAACUAGUAAAUUCAAGACUGGUUGCAAUAACUGGUUGUGGCCAUCUUCCACACGAGGAAUGUCCCAAGGCACUGCUUGCAGCAAUAUCUCCUUUCAUUAGCAAGCUUUUUUCGAAACCAGAAAUUCAUAAUCAGUAG